UGCAACGUAUAUGAGAAGAAACAAACUCCUACAAGAAGCUAUCACCAAACAAGUAAUGGAAGACUUGGUAAAGUUGCUGGAUGAGAGAUACGAUCAGAGAGCCCCUGGUAGAAAAGACCAAACGACUGAUCAUCAGCAAGCACCUAGGAGGAAUGGACGUGAACGACAAGAGCAUGCUGGUUCACAAGAAACUGAUAACUUUUAUGAAAGAGAUAGGGCACGGCACAGCUCGGCUUCUAGACAUAGCUCUUCCUCUAGACACAGCAGUAGAAGAUCUAGACGUGACCAUGAAGGGCGUAGGUAUCAAAGAGAUGAGCUUGCUGGAGUUAAGAUCAAGAUACCUCCUUUCCAUGGCAAAACCGAUCCUGAUGCUUAUCUAGAAUGGGAGAAGAAGAUUGAUCUAGUCUUCAAUUGUCGGCGUUAUUCAGAAGCUAAGAAGAUUCAAAUUGCUGUUACUGAGUUCUAUGAUUAUGCUUUGAGUUGGUGGGAUCAACUAGUCACCAAUAGAAGGCGCAAUGGGGAAUUUCCUGUUGAGACUUGGGCAGAAAUGAAGGCUCUCAUGCGCAAGAGAUUUGUGCCCAGCCAUUACCACCGGGAUCUCCAUCAGAAGCUAAGAAAACUCACGCAAGGCUCACGGACAGUCGAAGAAUACUAUCAGGAGAUGGAGUUGUUGAUGUUAAGAGCUUGCAUAUCUGAGGAUAGAGAAGCUACUAUGGCACGGUUUCUUAGAGGACUCAACCGUGAGAUACAAGACAGUGUGGAGAUGCAACACUACUUGGAGAUGGAGGAGAUGCUACACAAAGCCAUUCUAGUGGAACAACAAGUAAAGAGAAAAGGUCACUCCCGAGGCAACUAUGGAACUAGAUAUCAAGGUGCUAAAGAAGAUAAGCCAAGUCACCAGAAAGAGAGCAAGUCAUAUCAAAAGGAUGAGGAAAAACCUACUAGUUCCCUCAGCAAGGAUAAAGGGAAAGCUGAAGCCUCUACUACAAGAUCAAGAGAUGUUAAGUGUUUAAGUGCCAAGGAAGAGGACACUACGCUAAUGAAUGCACCAACAAACGUGUGAUGAUCCUUCAUGACAAUGGAGAAUAUGAAUCUACUGAUGAGGAGACAGAGGCCGAAGAAGAUCACAGUUCAGAAGAGGAGUAUGUUGCCAACCCGGUCGCUGGAAGGUUGCUAGUUGCUAGAAGAACCUUGAGUCUUCAAAGCAAGACCGAAGAGAUGGAGCAAAGAGAGAAUCUCUUCUAUACUAGAUGUCUAGUACAAGGAAAGGUCUGUAGUCUUAUUGUGGAUGGAGGCAGUUGUGUCAACGUUGCGAGUGAGACUAUGGUUAAAAAGUUGGGUUUGAGGGUCCAGAAGCAUCCUAAACCAUAUAGGCUCCAAUGGCUCAAUGAAGAGGGCGAGAUGAGAGUCUCUACUCAGGUUGUAGUUCCUUUAGCCAUUGGUAAAUAUGAAGAUGAGAUUCUAUGUGAUGUGUUGCCUAUGGAAGCUGG